UUUCCUACAGUAAGCCUCGAUUAGAUUUGAGAAGUAGCUUCUUCAAACUUGUCAAGUAAGAAGUACCGCUGUGUGAAACCAAAACCACCAAAAUUCUACCAUAAGAAGAAUAACAUCUUCAGAAGCAACAAAGAUUCAGAGAAAAUGGCGUUACAGUGGAUGAUUUUGACGUACGUAGUAGCAGCAGAGGCUGCCAUAGCAAUUCUCCUGACAUUGCCAUCUCCAAAAGCACUCAAAUCUCGUUUCGUUUCCCUAAUUUCACUCGCUCUUCAGCCUUCUCUAUUCAUAAUCCCCUUUGCCGGUUUUCAGCUCCUUGAUAUAUAUUGGAAGAAUGAGCAUCGGUUGAUGUGCACCGGUGAGAUCUGUACUGCUGCUGAGAGAGACCGCUAUGAGAGAUCGAUCUACAAGGCUCAAAGAAAUGCUAUUCUGUGUGUAGCAGCAUGCCUUCUGUACUGGUGUAUCUAUCGUGUCUGCAAGUACCACAAGGAGAUUCAGAGAGUUGAGGUGGUGGAAAAGAGACUCAAAGACGAGUAGGUCUUUUAGGCUGCAGCUCUUCCAGUAGUAUUUGAGAUCUAGUUGUAGCAUAGCUCAAACAGUUCCCUUAGUACUUUGUAAUGUGAUAUGAAUCUUGUGUUUCGCUUUGCUACUGCCAUCUAAUGGCAUUGCUUUUGUUAGGUUUUUGUGUGCUCCUCCUCCACGAGGUGGUUCUUUUUUAUUCGAAAAACAUAAAUGUAAGUGGUUGUUACCACAGUCACCUAUAUACAUUCUACUACUAUCUACUUUUAUCUUCUCA